UCCUUGCGCGCCGCUGGACGUCGGCCGAGAAGACCGCUUCCCUCUGGGGACCCGACUCCGCGAAGAUCGCGCGCGCGUCGUGAGUGGCGGCGCGCGCGCGAUCUCCGUUCCCGGGCACGCCGGUCGCAGUGGCAUGGGCUCCCAGGCUCAAAAGCGCUCCCGCCAACAGCGAGCUGCUCCUCCUCCCGCCGCCGCUCACCGAGACUCGGUGCCGCCGUUCUCGCCGCCGCCGCCGCCGCCGCCGCCGCCGCCGCCGCCGCCGCCGCCGCCUCGCGCCUCGCCUCCGUCACCGCCGCCCUCCAUCUCGCAGCGGCGCGUCCCUCUCUGAUAUGGCGCGGGCGCCUCGCUCACCGGCGCCUCGCCGCCGCCCCCCCCCCUUCUCGCGCCGCUCCGCUCGUGGCCGCCGCCUCCCCUGUCAAUCCCGCCGCCUCCCCUGUCAUCCCGCCGCCCGCACCACCGCCGCCACCGCCUC